AUGCAGCUUUUUUUUGGUUUUGCCUUUGCAGGUUCAAAUGGAGGUGUUUGCCCACCAGCUCAUUACUGCCCUGAGGGCAGUGCUGGCCCGCUGUCUUGUCCAGCUGGAAGCUACACAAACCUGACGGGCCAGUCAGUGUGUUCUCGCUGCGCUGCAGGCUACUACUGUCCAGAAACGACAGGCGACUUCACCAAGUUCCCGUGCGACCCUGGAUUCUACUGUCCUGAUGGUACGAGACACGCCACCCAGUUCCCCUGUCCUCGUGGAUACUACAACCCAGAACCAAUGACUCAGAGCUUGGACAGUUGCCUGCCUUGUCCUCCAGGACAUUACUGUGAGAAAGAGAGGCUGACCAAAGUGUCAGGAAAGUGCAAGCCCGGUUGGUUCUGUGUUUCAGCAGCUUGGAACUCGCAGCCCUUUGACCUGGACAACUACACAAAUGCCAACUGCUUAUGUCCAGCCACCGCCACAGGAGGCCGAUGCCAAGCAGGCUUUUAUUGCCCCUCAGGCAGCUCCGAGCCAUUGCCUUGUCCACCUGGAUACUUCUGUAAUAUCUCAGGUUUGGCUCUGCCGAUGGGUCCCUGCUCCUCUGGGUACUACUGUUCAGGAGGAGCCACUGAGGCCAGUCCAACAGACGGCAAAACAGGCAGCAUCUGUCCACCUGGGACAUUCUGUGUUGAGGGCUCACUGGAACCAGAAUUGUGUCCAGCUGGAACUUUUUCCCCAGUGCCAGGUCUAACCAGCGAGCACAGCUGUCAGCCAUGCAGUGCUGGAUUCUACUGCAGAAGGGCAGGUCUCCAGGCACCCACUGGACCCUGCAGACAAGGGUACUUUUGCCCACCCGGUCAGACUGUGCCUGCAGCUGUGCCAUGUCCUUCUGGCUACUUCUGCCCUCCUGGUAGUGAGGCCCCAGAACUGUGCCCUGCAGGAACCUACCAGGACAGAGAGAAACAGGUUAACUGCACCAUCUGUGAGUCAGGUUACUACUGUGAGGUGAAUCUGGGUCUAGUCAAUGCCUCUGUGUUGGUGCCCUGCCCCGAAGGACAUUACUGCCCUGCGGGUACAGCGUUUCCUAAUCAACACCCCUGCCCUGUUGGCUCCUACAACCCGAGACGACAUACAGACAGCGCGGCUGGCUGCCAGCCAUGUCCUGCUGGACAGUACUGUCCAUCUGUGGGACUGUCAAAGCCAGCAGGACCGUGUCAUGCUGGUUACUGGUGCAGAGAAGGAGCUUCGUCUCCGAGCCCGCUGGAUGGAUGGUCAGGCUCCCUGUGUCCGCCUGGUCAAUACUGCCCCUCAGGCACAGUGGACCCUGUGGCGUGCCCUGAAGGGACCUGGUCAAACAGGUCAGGUCUGCAAAGCAAACAGGACUGCAAACCUUGCGUUGGGGGUUUUUACUGUGACUCUGCUGGCCUCACUGCACCCAGUGGACCCUGCAGCAGAGGAUAUUACUGUCUGGAGUUUGCUGUCACAUCCACACCUACCGAUGGAAUCACAGGAGGCUCAUGCCCGCAGGGUUAUUAUUGCCCACUUGGAUCUGUUCAACCUGUGCCUUGUGAUUCAGGCACACACACAGCUGUUACACACGCUGCUCAGUGUGAGCCUUGUGUCCCAGGCUGGUACUGUGUGUCUGGAUCUCUGUUCCUUUGCCCUGCAGGUUUUUACUGUCCUGAGGGAACCGGCCAUGACUUGAGGAGCUGUCCUGAGGGAACCUAUGGUCCUGACCCGGGUUACUGGUCUGUCUCCCAGUGCAGGCUGUGUGACGGAGGCCAUUACUGCUCUUCUAGAAACAGCACAGCUGUUACUGGAACGUGUCAAGCAGGAUAUUACUGCUCACGUAGCCAAACUUCCCCACAGCCUCUCUCACAGGCUGGAGCAGGAGAUGGAGGACCGUGUCCUGUCGGUCAUUACUGUCCUCAGGCAACUGUCCAUCCUCUGCCCUGUCCACGUGGAACAUUCUCUAACCUCACCAGAUUAGCGUCUAAGGAGGAUUGCCAGCCAUGUCUUCCUGGUUACUAUUGUGAUGUUGUGGGGCUCACUGCACCAACAGGAGAAUGUCAUGAGGGUUUCUUCUGCCUGGGUGGAGCGGAACACCCCGAGCCUUCUUUGACAAGCAGCCAUGGAGGGUCGUGCCCACAAGGUUAUUACUGUUCUAAGGGUUCUGUGGUUCCUCAGGAGUGCCCCCCAGGAACCAUCAGCACUGAAGCUGGCAGAGCGAGCUGCAGUCCCUGUCCUCAGGGUUUUUAUUGUCCUGGCUGUAUUAAUGGCUCACUGUCAGGGAGUCAUGAGUGUCCUGUCGGUCAUUACUGCCCGCCCGGGACACGGUCCAAACACCAGUUCCCGUGUCCAGCUGGAUCCGUCAACCCUAACACUGGGAUGGCACAUCCCCAGGACUGCCUGCCCUGCCCUCCAGGCUUUUUCUGUGCGUCCCCUGGGAAGAGCCUCACGUCAGGCCAGUGUAGUUCCGGGUACUACUGCCUCUCUGGUUCCAUGUCCCCAACACCAGAGGAUGGAGGGAUUACAGGUGACAGAUGUCCAGAAGGUCAUUACUGUCCCCAGGGCUCCACGAUACCAGAACCGUGUCCAUUUGGACAUUACAGCAAUAAAACCAGGAACAGUGAUAUCAGCAACUGCUUGCCUUGUCCUCCAGGGUUUGUGUGUGCCAGCAGAGGGCUCUCACUCCCUUCUCAUAUCUGCCCAGCUGGCUCUUACUGUCCAGGGAAAAUGAACAGCAGCCUGCAGGCUUCUUUGCUCUGCACACCUGGACACAUGUGCCCACCUGGGUCUGACAGACAGGUGCCCUGCUUGCCAGGGACUUACCAAGACUUACCUGGACAGGUGCUUCUCAGGCUGCAGGUUUGA